AUGCUCGCGUUCGGGGGCCUGCUGCACGUCGGCUUCGCGCUGGACUUCGGCGACGCGCUCGCGACCGUGGCCGCGCUGGGCGGCGUCGUCGGCUUCGCGCUGCAUGGCGCCCGCGGGCUCCGCGGCCCGCCCCAGGCCCGGCGGGAUUCAGCCCCGCAAAGCCACAAGGGCCUGGGGCGCGGCGAGCCGCUUGCUGGGAGGACCUGCUGGAGCCGCGCCCGCGGGAGCGCCAUCGUGCUCGCCGGCGCGCCGAUGCAGGCCGCCCUGCAGCUGUCUCUCAGCAGCGCGAGUUUCUACUUCAUGCUGGGCGACGAGAAAGAGUGA